AUGGACGAUUCAGUCAGAUCACUUAUCAGGUUUGUUAGCAGAGGAUUUUACAGUACUCCCUAUGUAUUAAUUCUUGAUGCAGUCCUUCGUCAUUCAGUAUUAUCAGAAGAUGAUUUAAUUCACUUAUUGGGAAUCAAGAGAAAAGAACUACGUUCGCUUUGUAAUCGAUUAGUCGAGGACAGGUUGCUAACCAAUCAUAUUCAAAGAGAAGACAAUGGCCAACAGAAAUAUGUUACUCGUACAUAUUUUUUCAUUCAUAUAACCGAAGCCAUUGAUUCCAUCAAGUGGAAAGUUCAUUCGAUUGUCAAUGUAUUAAAACAGGAAAUGUCAAGCUUUGGUAAUCCACAGGGUUAUGUGUGUCCAAGAUGUGGCAACAAAGUAAGUCAAUUGGAUGCGAUAUCUAUGUUGAGCGAAGAUAAAACUGAAUUCAUAUGUGAUGUGUGUCAAGGAGUUUUAAUUGAAGACGAUUCUUCACAACAAGCAACUUUAAAACAAGAAAGACUUGAAAAGUUAAUGAAACAACUUGAUCCCAUCAUUAAAUUUUUGAAGAUUAUAGACGAAACUCAAAUACGAGACAACGAUUUCGAAUCAGCUUUAUUACAAGCUAUCCCAGCACAAUCAGCAGCAACGGCGUCAUACACAUUAUCUAAUCGUGUUAGUUCGAAAUCAAGAUCUAAUGCUCAAGCAAUGCAAAAUGCCGCAGCCAGAUCACAAGCCACUUUGCAUGUCUCCAUCACAGCUAACGAUGAAAACUAUGAACGAGAACAGAUGGAAAAGGAAAACAGAAGACAAAAAUUGGAACAAAAUGCAUUGCCUUCCUGGCACUCAAACAGUACUGUUGGUCAAUCCAAUACUUUUGGUAAACUUGAAGACGAUGAAGACGAUCACAUGGGCACUCCAUCAUCUAUCAAGGAAGAAGGAGAACAAGAAGAAACAAAUACUGAUAGUAAAGAAAUAUAUGGCAGCGACAGCAAGGAAGAAACUACUGAGCAAUCCUCAGUUAUGGCUACACCUGAACCUCGGAAUACAGUCAACAAUGCUUCCAGACUUAAUAACGUAUCUGCAGAAUUGAAAGAGAGAGAGGCACAGGAUGCAUUAGCAGCAUAUUAUGCACAAUUGGCUGAACAGGACGCAGAUGAAGAUGACGACGAUGACGAUGAUGAAGAAUUUGAUGAUAUAAUUUAA